AUGGCCCCUAAAUCAGGAGAAUUUUCGCUGGCCGACGACAAAGAUUCAUUAAAUAAUGAUAACUCGACAAACGAGUCAGAAGAUAUUUGGUCUUCCAUUCUUCAAGGAGUUGCUUCCUCAAAAAUCGUUCCUACAAAGAGUUUGUUGAUUCUAGGCGACAGAGAUUCAGGCAAAUCCACCCUCAUCAGACAACUUAAAGGUGAAGAAGACGAAGAGGUUUAUGAAGGUCUUAAUGCUAACGGUACUAUGUCAAAAAGCGUUGGCACUGGAACUGAUGACCCUCCUACCAAUGACAAACGUUCGAAUAGUGACUUGGCUUUAAGUUAUACUUUUAUUGAAGUUAAGGAUGACGAUGCAGAAGAUACGCUUGCUCGUCUUGGAUUAUAUCAACUUGCUGGCUCCUUUGAUUCCUAUCAACCACUCCUUCGUUUUGCUCUUAAUUCUUCUACUCUUCCGCAUUCCCUUGUUGUGAUCGUCUUAGAUUGGGCACGUCCUUGGACUUUUAUCGAAACAUUACAAAAAUGGAUUAAAUUUGUAGAAUUAGGUAUCGAAUGUGUAAAAAAGGAAGGAAAUAUCGGGUCUAAGGAUGGUUGGACCAAAGGAAAAGCAGUUGUUAACGAAUUGAAAGAAUUACUCGAAAAAUUUAUUCAAAAGUAUUCGGAGCCAGACGUCGCUAAUCCAAAUACAACAGUUAAUAGUGAAGAAGAUGAUGUAGCAUUGCCAUUAGGACAAGGAGUUUUGACUACAAAUCUAGCAGUGCCAUUAGUGGUGGUUUGUACCAAGUCUGAUAAUGUGAGUAAUCUUGAGCGUGAGUUAGAUUACAAAGAAGAUCAAUUCGAUUACAUACAGCAAACUUUACGAACAAUUUGCCUCAAGUAUGGUGCAGGGCUUUUUUAUACAACUACACGUCAACCUCAAACAUUUGUCAACCUUAGAAAAUAUAUUCUUCAUCGACUCCUUGGUUCUAAAUCUUCAUCCAGUGACACUAAAUCUGCAUACACUUUUAAUAUUAAGGCACACGUUGUUGAGCGUGAUACAGUGUUGGUUCCCACAGGUUGGGAUUCUUGGGGUAAAAUUAAAGUUUUAAGAGAUGGAUUUGAUUGUGAGGGAUUACUUCAAGGUUGGGAAUUGGAUAUGGGGGAUAAUAAACCUUCUACAUCAGAAGGAGAAGAAAAGGAAAUUAUUGGUGCUAAAAAGUUGUACGAGGACGUUGCUGUCCAUGAGGAUUCCGAUAAACCACUAUCAGUCCCACGCAUGAUUAUCGCCGAGGAUGAACAAGAUUUCUUCAACCGGCAUUAUGACACCUUACAAAAGGCUAAUAGCGAACGCCAAUCCUCGCCCUCAGUUGUCGGACCAAUGGGAGCACCCGAUUAUUCGUAUUGCAACAUUGGUGCAGAUAUCCCCGAUAUUGAACAUUCUCAAAUUAACGUCACUCCUUCAAGACCUAAAACAAACAUGUCGUCCAAGGCUCCUUCACUAUCUUCAGACUUAAAUGGAAACGCGUCCGGUCCUCCUUCAAAUGGUCCUGUAGCUAAUCAAAAUGAGGUUCUUGCCAACUUCUUCCAAAAUCUACUUUCGAAGAAGAAUAAUAAUAUAGCACCGACUACUUCAGGGAAUUCUCAAUCACCGAAUGAACAAACUGCUAAUCCUGUUCGCAAACAACAAAAUGGAUCGAGUCAAAUGGAGCGAAAGCUAGUAGAAAAAGAAUUAGACAAAUUGAGAAAUAUACCUAACUCUACAACUGCAAGUGCUGGAAAAUAA